AUGAACGACCAAAAACGAAUGAAGGAGCUUGUGUCGGGCAUCAUGGUCGCUGCCGGAACAAUAUCGGCUUAUUUCAUAAUCAAAGAACUCGUUGGGCCAUACUUCUCGAAGCUAGUCGACCCCGACCGAGAGAAGAACGAGUUAGCGAGUCGGAAGGCCCAGGCAAAUCUCCAGAGGAUACGACGGAAACGGAUCGAGGCCGGAGACGAAGGCGAGGAGGGCACCGACGGCUCACGGCAUACCAACCGGGUGGAGGACCUGGUUCUCAAUGAAUACGAGAAUCAAGUAGCCCUGGAGGUUGUCGCACCGGAAGACAUUCCCGUCGGGUUUGGCGCCGUUGGUGGCCUUGAAGACAUCAUCGAGGAGCUCAAAGAGUCCAUCAUAUACCCUCUAACGAUGCCGCAUCUCUAUCGUCACGGAGGCGCGCUGCUGGCGGCGCCCUCGGGGGUGCUCCUGUACGGACCGCCGGGCUGCGGCAAAACGAUGCUGGCCAAAGCGGUGGCCCGCGAGAGUGGUGCCUCCUUCAUCAACCUCCACAUCUCGACCCUGACGGAGAAGUGGUACGGCGACUCAAACAAAUUAGUUCGCGCGGUGUUCUCACUGGCCAAGAAGCUACAGCCAUCAAUCAUCUUCAUCGACGAGAUUGAUGCUGUCUUGGGGACACGGAGAAGCGGGGAGCACGAGGCCAGCGGUAUGGUCAAGGCCGAGUUCAUGACCCUCUGGGAUGGCCUCACGUCGACCAACUCGGCCGGCGUUCCCAACCGAAUUGUGGUACUUGGGGCGACCAACAGAAUCAACGACAUUGACGAGGCGAUCCUUAGGAGGAUGCCCAAGAAAUUCCCCGUGCCACUCCCCGGCAUGGAACAACGGCAGCGCAUCUUGCAACUAGUCCUUGGCGACACCAAGCGCGAUCCCGAGAACUUCGAUAUUGACUACAUUGCUAGAAUCACCGCCGGCAUGUCUGGCAGUGAUAUCAAGGAAGCAUGCAGAGAUGCCGCCAUGGUCCCCAUGAGAGAGUAUAUCCGCCAGCAUCGGGCCUCGGGGGAAGCCAUGGCGCGGGUGAACCCCGAUGACGUUAGGGGCAUUAGGACCCAGGACUUCUUUGGCCGACGUGGCGGUCGAGUCCUUGCCGAAACCCACUCCGAACCAGCAAGUACUGUCAAUGCAGCGCAGUCCAAGGCGUCAAGCGAUGGGUAUGAGGACGUGGAAGAAACCGAAGACGAACAAGUAACAACAUCCGCCUAG